GUUUGUAGCAUAACUGCAACACUUACAGCGACUCUUGCUUGUGCGUGGAUUGGGAAAAGUAAAUCACUAACGCAGCUGGAUAACCUCACGAACCAUCUCGAUUUCUAAAUAGCUGAUAACGAGAGCAACUGUGAAAGAAUUGUGCUUUUCACAGACGGUUUUGCGUUUGAGCGUCAUCUGUGAGGAAAGACAGCGAUAUCUGUGGGGUGUAGAGCAGAAGUUUUUGCCUUUUUAAAGCUAGUUGUUCUUUCCAUCGACAUGUCCUCCGGUGAUGUGUCAGAGCAGUGUCGGCGGUUUUGCGUGUUGUCUUGGGAGCAGGUGCAACGUUUGGACUCUAUUCUUGGCGAGACGGUUCCAGUUCACGGACGUGGAAACUUCCCGACGCUUUCGGUGCAGCCGCGACAGAUUGUUCAGGUGGUUCGAGCGCGUUUGGAGGAGCGAGGCAUCACGGUUCGAGAUGUGAGGCUGAACGGCUCUGCUGCCAGUCACGUUCUGCACCAGGACACGGGGCUCGGAUACAAGGACUUGGAUCUGAUUUUUGGUGUUUCACUGUCAGAUGAUCAGGCUUUCCGUGUGGUUAAGGAUGUGGUUCUCGACAGCCUUCUUGAUUUCCUACCCGAGGGCGUCAGCAAGGAAAGAAUCUCACCACUUACUUUGAAGGAGGCCUAUGUGCAGAAGUUGGUGAAGGUUUGCAAUGACACCGACCGCUGGAGCCUCAUUUCCCUCUCCAACAACACCGGCAAGAAUGUCGAGCUUAAGUUUGUAGACUCUCUGAGGCGGCAAUUUGAGUUCAGCGUGGACUCCUUCCACAUAGUCUUGGACUCCCUUCUUCUGUUCGACCGUUGUUCAGAGACGCCCAUGUCGGAGUGCUUCCAUCCGACGGUUUUGGGCGAGAGCAUGUACGGGGACUUUGAGGACGCUCUCGGCCAUCUGUGCAACAAGGUCAUCGCAACACGAAACCCAGAGGAGAUCCGGGGAGGUGGUCUUUUAAAAUACUGCCACCUUCUGGUGCGAGGGUUUCGGCCGACCUCCGAAUCGGAGAUGAAAUCGCUCCAGCGGUACAUGUGCUCCCGGUUCUUCAUUGACUUUCCAGACAUAGGCGAGCAACAGCGAAAGCUCGAGGCGUACCUGCAGAAUCACUUCGCCGGAAUGGAGCACAAACGUUAUGACUGUCUGGUCACGUUAUACCACGUGGUCAAUGAGAGUACGGUUUGCUUGAUGGGACACGAGCGACGGCAGACAUUAAAUCUCAUCUCCAUGCUCGCGCUGAGGGUGCUGGCUGAACAGAACGCCAUCCCCACGGUUACCAACGUCACGUGCUAUUACCAGCCGGCACCCUACGUGCGAGACAUCAACUUCAGUAACUACUACAUCGCACACGUGCAGCCGCUGGUGCACACCUGCAGUAGUUCCUACCCAACGUGGUUGCCCUGCAACUGACCCCUGCAGUGGACAUCUGAUAAAAAUCGACUUCAGCCCUUGUACCUUCCCAUGUGGUGAAGAUGAUAUGCAAGUGAAUAUAUACACGUUUUUGACGUUUAAGGAGAGCUUUUACAAAACAAUGGCAGUUGUUUUUGUGUUAAAUGUGACAUAGAAUGACUGUUCACUGCUGUAUGUCUAAUUUGAGCCGAUCCUUACAUUUUCUGUUCUGCAGAGUGAACGAAGACCUUUUUCACAUGUAGCAGGGGAAAAAAAACUAACUUUUUUUUUCUUCUUUCAAGCUCAUUAUAGAUUCAGUUAAACUCUUGCAGGUUAUGCAAGUGCGAAAAGGAGGCUGCGUUUUGCGUUAUGAAGCUAUAUGUUUUUAUUUUAUUUUUGAUGCCAGACUGGUUUCAAUCAACCUCUGUUUUGCUUUUUGGUUUUUUAAAGGACCAAAGAAAUUUUAUUUUGUCAUGAAGAACGGAAUGUUUGCUGUUGUAAUUCCAAGUGCCUAAAAAACAUUGUACAAAAAAGUGAGACCUGUUCUUUCUAAAACCAUUUUUCAGUCUCCUUGUUAAUUGUAAAACUCUAUUUUCAGGGAUGGAGGCAUGUAUUUCCAUGUGAUUAAAAAAGCACAAAACCCA